UCGGUGUUUCUGGGCAGUAGGAGCCGAGUAGGAGGGAGCAAUAGUUUGCUACGUACGUUGGCAGAGGAUCUACGCGCAUGCCAUAACCUAGACAAGCUUGCUGAAUCGGAGACGUGUUCUUCAUUUGCUGUUUGCGAACAGGAGAAAAAGUUAACCCAGAAAUUGAUAAACAUGGGGAUCCGAAAAAAGAACAACAAAAACCCGCCUGUACUAAGCCACGAGUUUGUGAUCCAGAAUCAUGCAGAUAUCGUGUCUUGUGUUGCUAUGGUGUUCCUUCUUGGUCUGAUGUUUGAGGUUACUUCGAAGGUGGCUGUUCUCUUCAUCACUGUCCAGUAUAAUGUUACCAUCUCGGCAAAUGAGGUCCCAGAGGAGAUGCCUGUGAAUUACUUCCAUCAUGGUCUGAAGGACUUGGCAACAGUUUUCUUCUACAUGCUGGUGGCCAUUAUCAUGCAUGCUAUCAUACAAGAAUAUGUGCUUGAUAAAAUCAACAGGAAAAUGCACUUCUCCAAGACCAAACACAGCAAGUUUAAUGAAUCCGGUCAGCUCAGUGCCUUCUACCUUUUUUCCUGUGCCUGGGGAGCAAGCAUCCUGCUUUCGGAAAACUUCCUGUCGAAUCCUGUGAGUCUGUGGGAAGGCUACCCACACACUUUAAUGCCGUUUCAGAUGAAAUUUUUCUACAUCUGCCAGCUGGGCUACUGGCUUCAUGCUCUGCCUGAGCUUUAUUUCCAGAAGACCAAGAAAGAAGACAUUCCACGCCAGCUGGUUUACAUCAGCCUCUACCUUGUCCACAUCGCUGGAGCCUACGUCUUGAAUCUGAACCGCCUGGGCCUGGUGCUCUUGGUGCUGCAUUACUUUGUGGAGCUGCUCUUCCACGUGUCCCGCCUGGUGUACUUCAGCAACGACAGCAGACAGACUGGGUUCACCGUGUGGGCCGUCCUCUUCGUUCUUGGCCGGCUGCUCACCCUGUCUCUGUCCGUCCUCACUGUGGGCUUUGGCCUUGCGGGGGCAGAAAAACAAGGCCUGGAUCUGGCAGAAGGAAACUUUAACGUGCUGUUUGUUCGGAUCACUGUGCUGGCUACCAUCUGUGCAUCCCAGGCUUUCAUGAUGUGGAAAUUCAUCAACUUCCAGCUGCGCAGGUGGAGAGAGCAUGCGCAGGCACAGAGCCUGAAGAAGAAGCCAGGCCCUGCUGCCAAAAGCAAGUCUAAGAAAGACAAAGCUAAUGGGGUGAAUGGAGCGGUGAGCUCCAACGGAGCCGAUUCGCCAAGAGCCAGAAAAGAGAAGUCGUCAUAAUCGCCCCCCACCCCACCCCACCCCACCCCAGGCCAAGCCUGCCAUUCCAAAAGUCAUCCACGUUUCUGUCUGCAAACCCAACUCAUUUUGAAUUGUCUAUUCUUCAAUUGUGUGAUUCUGAAAAUCGCAACAAAACCGUGCCAUUACAGAGGGUGAAAAUGUAUUUAAAAGUGCCUAACAAUACCUAUGCUGUACUUGUGCAGAUGCUGAAGAAUUUUCUCUUUCAGGAAUAAUAUUGUGAGUGUUUUAAAAUCUGUUUCAGAACGUAUGUAAAGUUAUGCUUUUUUUUUUUUGGCCCCUUUUACACAUUUGAUUCUCUUCUGUACUGGUUCAAGGAUGACUGGGACCAUUUUGUUGAAAUCUUUAAGAUUAAUACUACCAGGAACUCUUUCACAUACCCUUGCCCACUUUCCCCAGCUUGUAAUCUGUUAAAUCAUAUUUAUAUUACUUUAAACAUGUUGACCCUUGACAAGCAUGCCAAAUGUGUCAUUAGCCAAAGUUUGUUGUCUUGAACAUAUUUCCCUUGACAACGUAUAACAUAAAAUUUCUCCUGACUCAUUGCGCCAACGUUGACUGGCCUGGCACCGCUGAUAUGGCUUAAUAACCCCGAUCAACCCAUGGUUAUGCAAGUUGUUCGUGCUUGUUAAGCAUUCUGCAUAAAUUGCAUUCCAGUGCAGUUCAUUAGCCUUAUUUUUGAUUCAUUGCAACCUUCUGUGAGAAAUAUUUCAAUAAAUCAAGUUUGUCUGAUAAUAAACUAGACAACAAGGUUCAGGAUCAGAUUUUCAUGUAAAAGCAUUGAACGAUCACCUUUAAUGUUUAAUCAUUUGUACGAAAGCCCUCCCUGGCAGAUGUAUUGAUUUUAUGAAUUGAUAUGGCUUUAGAAAGUGGUUUAAUGAAACUGGAAUUGGGAACCUUUUUUGGGGGAAAUAAAUAGCAGUGCAUAUUUUAUAAAAUUGGUCACACCACCCCUUGGAACAUGAAUAAGUAAAUGUAUGGAAUUAUAGGGCUGAAUCUUAGGCUUUGCUUUCAUUUCAGUCUUCAGGAAUCCAAAGGGAAUUUCAUGCGUUUGACAGGCAUGCGUAAGCAGACAGACAAUUUCAGUGUCAUAAAUGCAAGGCUUAAAAUUGGUUAUACAGGGAUCUUUGCUUUUUAAAUGAAAAAGUCCUUGAGUAAUGCACAUGUUGAAAGUAUGGUUAAAUUAUAAAUACUGAACUUACUCAAGCUAUUUGUUCUUUGUAUGCGUAUUUUGAUUGCUUGUUAAAAUAUUUUAUUUUUAUCAAUUAAAUAUGAUGAUCACUCAAAAAUAAAGGCUGGUUAAUAUUUAGACUGUUGCAUAAGAUGUAUGCCUGGGCUCAAUCACACGACAAACCUUAUUUAAUAAAAUAAAAUUAUCUAUAAUUUGAGGGCAGCUUGCAUGGGGGCAACAAUCUAAUUAAACACUGCUUGCCUGUCCAGUCAAAUGUUAUUUUAAGUAGAACAUCUUGUAUAUGACUGGUACAAGUGUUACACUCAGGAAUGGGGUAGGAUGUAACGUAGGGUGGAACGAGACUGUUUAGAGGAGGUUUGAUUAAACUGCCCGAGAGGUAAACUGUAAGCAGUGUACAUGGCAGUAGCUAUUUUAAUCUAAAAUAUCCCCUCUGAUAUAAUGGAGAAUUAUAAAACCAACAUAUGGUUUGUCAUUAGAAAGGUGGUGUUUUCAUAUUCAUUUUUUAAUAGCCUGUACCAGAGGGAUCAAAAAGGAUCCUUUCUUGAAAUCCCAUUAGCCUGCAUCUGUUGUUUCCUCCUUUGAUCCAGCACAGUUAUUGCCAUUAAAAUCAGUUCCAUCUGGCAACAGUUAGGUUUGACUAUUUUGUUUUCAUUAAAAUGUAAUUAGCUGAUCCCCUGACAAAUUCAAGCAUUUUUUAAUAUCUAUUUUUCAAGUUGAUUGUAAAUAUGUUUUUCAGAAUUGAAUGGCUAGAUAUAUCACAAAACUAAUCUUCAUUUUAUGGGACAUCUGGAAAUUUGUUAAAUUGCUACACAGGAUAAAAAUUAGAUUUUGACUUCAAUAUUCAGUGAUCUGCGCUACUAAGCCAUCUUACUAUAAAAAAUAUAAUAGCAGGUGUUUGUUUCAAGACCGGAUCAAUGAACACAUACUGUGCUAUUUCUUAAGUUUUCAUAUGUAUAUGUGUAUAUCAAUCUGCCAAUGAGAGGGAAAUGCUUUACCUUAUAUUCCAAUGCCUGGACAUAUUUUCAGAUAGAGAUCUUUAUAUUUAUACAAUCUUGAAAAUAAUGUUUUCUCUAUACAGCUGUGUGCUCAUAAAUAUAUAUAUAUAAAUAUUUUCUGUUGCCAAACAUCUAGACUUGUACAUUCUGAGAAAAUAGUGAUGUUAAAAAUCCAGGUUCUUGCAUGAUUUCAGAGAGAAGUUUGUGAAUUUUCCCCAUGGUGUGGGUCUUGGGGGAUGAGGGGAUGCAUGUUGCAAUGCCUUUGUCUGCUGACUAAGAAUCCAACAACAAAAAUGUUGCCCCUCAGAACAGAGCUGUAAUUGAGAAGUGUAUCAAUAAAAUUCAUUUAUUCAUA